AUGAAUUAUUUAAGGCCGCAGCUCUCUCUGUGUUUAAUUUUGGGGCGCCACCAGCGCAGGCCCAGCGCGGGAGGUGGCACCGCUGUCACCAAGGUCCCCCCGGCAGCGCCACCACUCCAAGGUUCCACCCUCUGAGCUGCCCCUCUGUGACAUCAGCCCGGGCCGGUGGCACCGCCAGGGCCACCAGAGGUGACAGCUCCGCUCCGCCUCUGCCACCUGCGCUGGCACCGAUGGCUCUGCUGGCCCUGCUCGUCCUGCUGGCCCUGGCCGGGCCCGUGCGGGGCACGUGGGACACCUGCAGAGGGACCUGCGGACUCCGGCCCAUGGCCUUCGACCACAGCUCCGAGCUUCUGGAAUAUUCUCUGGACGGCGAUUACAAACCUUCGGACGGAGCCUCGCAGGAUGGGGGUGGCACCGGGGUGCACCCGGGGGCCUGGCCCGGCAUCGUCAGCGUCCAGGCCCGGCUGGAGAACGGCACGUGGCACAUGUGCUCGGGGGCCCUCAUCCACCCCCAGUGGGUGCUCACGGUGGCACACUGCUUCGUGGAGACUGGGGACACCUCCAGGUGGGAAGUGGUGAUCGGAGCCACGGAUCUGAGCCAGCCGGGCCCCGAGGCCGAGCUUCGCCACAUCCUGAGGCUCCUGGUGCACCAACACUACAACCCGGCCACGGCCAGGAACAACAUCGCCCUGCUGCAGCUGGACCAGCCCGUGGAGUGCAGCGACUACAUCCAGCUGGGCUGCGUGCCCGACAGCUCCCUGGCAGUGCCCGAGCUCAGAACGUGCUUCAUCGCGGGCUGGAGAGCCAGCCCGGACAGCGGUCAGUGCCCGCCGGGACAGGGCCCGGGGCUGCGGGGGGCUCGGCCC